AUGGUCACAUUCUUCCUGAUGACUCAUCUAAGGCAUCGGCUUCUAAAGAUUCCGAAUGGCAAUGACUUGAUGACAUUGUUCGCACAUGGAUUUAUGACUCGUCUUGAGAACAAUUUUCAAAAUAAUAAAACCUCUCGGAUUUUUCAUCUUGAGUCUCAAUUUAAUGAAAUUUCUCUCUCGAAUUUUCCCAAUGUCAAAGCCUAUUGCAACGAACUUGAAACUAUUGCUACUUCUCUUACUAACCUUGGUGCUUCUGUCUCCGAUAAUCGAUUGGCUCUUCAAGUUCUUCAUGGUUUGAAUUCGGAUUAUAAAACCUUUCGGUCUUUGGUUCAACACAUGACUCCAAUUCGCUCUUUUGAUACCCUUCGUUCUAUAUUGGAAUUAGAAGAGCGCUCCAACCAUAAACACUCUUUUACUGCUCAAGAUUCGGCUCUUGUUGCUACACCUAAGGACAAUUCCGACCAUUUUGCGUCCCGUGGUACCCCCCACCACCGUGGUGGCCACCGUUAG